AUGGCGGCGACUCCGGCGAGCGGCGCGUACUCGUGCGAGACGGCGGAGCGGACCCGCGAGUGGAUGGAGGCCCUGGCCUACUUCCUCCGCCGCCACCGCCCGCUCCUCGAGGCCCACGUCGUCAACUUCUUCAAGGGCAGGUUGUGGGAGCUAGUGGACGCCGAGUGGAUGGAGUGCCUCCGGCGGGAGCCCGUCGAGAGCUUGCUCAAGCUGCCAUCCGGAUGCGUCCAGGAGCACUGGCCUGCUACACUGCGAGAGUUUGUGCUUACUGCUAGGUCGCUUGUUAUUCCACGGGAGCAGAAGGCUCCGCAAUCGCUUGUAUCUGAUAUUCAUGUAGCCCCAAUUGGUACUGUUCUCGCUCAAGGCAUGAACUCAAAGAAGAAGCAUGAAAUUGAAAAUCUAGCUGCGGUGGUUCAUGCAAUUGCAAAGAAGUGUGGAGCCAAGACAGUGGUUGAUGUAGGUUCUGGGCAGGGUUAUCUCGCACAGUCUUUGUCUUUUGAGUACCAACUCCCUGUUGUAGCGAUAGAUGCUUCAUCACACCAUGCAUCAGUUACAAUUGCUCGUGCAGAGAGAAUAAAGAAGCACUAUGCUGCUAAAUGUGUGGAGAAGCAACUGCUCAUGGUACCUAGGACUGUCACCUGUCAUGUUCUUUCUAGUGACACAUUGGCAGCAGUCACGUUAGAUGCAUGUAAGGAUGACCAUGGUGAACAUGUGAGAGAAACUAAGGCAUCUACUAAGAAAAUCACUCAAAUCCAGGAACCAACUCAAGGCAGCCCUCCAUUAAUCCUAGCUGGUCUUCAUGCAUGUGGUGAUCUUUCAGUUAACAUGCUAAGAGUUUUUGUGUCCUGCGAACAAGUAAAAGCAUUGGUAAGUGUUGGGUGCUGUUACAACUUGCUUUCUGAGGAUUCUAAUGAGGGCACAGACACCUGCCCUGGUUUUCCUAUGAGCAAGGCUGCCAAACUGUCUGAAUUGGUGCUUGGGAAAAGCAUCCGUGACCUUGCUUGUCAGAGCGCAGAGAGAUGGAGAAAUCUCACCAUGGACAUUGCAGUGCAAAAUUUUGAUGUACAUGCCUUCCGAGCUGCAUUUCAAAUGGUACUUGAGAAAUAUUUUCCAGAAGUGUCAAGGUUGAGUCCAUCAAUUGGAAGGCAAGGAAAAGCUCUUCGACGUCAGCGGCUUCGGAAAGUUGUGGAAUCACAAAUGACUACAGAGAAAAGUGAUGAUUUCUCCUGUUCAACUUUAAAGGAACAAAACAAGAAUGCAAAUGAUGUUGAUUCAGUCAUAUAUGGAGUUGACACGGGCCAGAUGACAUCCAUCAUAAUGCAUGUCAAAAGUUCACCCUGUUCAAAGAUUUCACAUUAUCUGGAUUAG